AAGUUCGUGCCUCCCAAGUUCCCAAAACUGGUCCUACUUUGCUCGAAUCCAACCUCACUUGAUGGGUCGGGGCUGCUUUUCAAACAAGCGCAAAUCACCUUAAAAAGAAGCUUUUCUUUACCAAAAAAAAAAAAAAAGAUGGUGGGAACGGGAGCAGAGGGGAAGGGAGGGAUCUUUUUCUCCCUCCAGGCUUAGUAAACCUGAAACCAGCAGAUGGCCCCCGAUCUCUCUCCGUAGUUGCCUGCUAGAUUCUGCAAUUCGUGGGAACGAAGGAGGGACCAAAGGGAGAGCCGCCAGUGUCCUUUAUAUGCACGUUUCGGCUCCCUGCCUGGUUUGUGCGCAUGGAAUCUGUGAGCUAACGCCGGGCUGGCGAAGGGUAAGAAAUCCCCUUCAGCCUAGGCGAGUUUUCUCGCCCCAACUCCAGCGUUUCUCCGGGUCGGCGCUCCAGACCGCGGCUGCCUCUAGCGAGGGGAAGGAGGAGGCCGUCGCUUGGCUGGAGCGGGCUGCGUGGGUGCACGAAGGGAAGCCCCCCGACCCGGGCUGGGGUGCGCCAGAACCAGGAAUGCCGCCUCCACCCACGCUUUCCGCUUGCACCUCAGGCCGGGAGGUGGCUGCGUGAGGCUGGAGGGGAGCCGGCCAGGAGAGACAGGGAAGCUCGUCGGCGUCCAGGAAGGAGGAAAGAGGAAAAAGCGAAAGCGAGGAGCGCAGACGCAGCAGGGGAAAGAAAAAAAAAAAAAAAAGGAGAGCCGAGCCGCGCGAAGGCGGUCUGGGCUGCAGUCUUUUCCCCUCGCGAAGCCUUGCUCCUCCUGCAGCUGAGAUGAAGAGGCGCCGUGCAGCAAUAAUCUUGUAACUCUCCCUCGGCUGGCCGAUCUUUUUAAAUCCCCCCUCCCCGUCCUCCUCCUCCUCCUCUCCUCCUCCUCCUCGAAAAGCGGCGGGGAGACCAGCACCAGCCAGGAUUGCGGGCCCCCCCUUUUUUUUCCUCCUCCUCCUCUUUUCUAAACAGCUGAUCGGAAUCCGUUCGCCUCGCCUGAGGCGGGGGCACCUAGGGAAGGUGAGGGCGGAGAGCGGGAAACGCGAGCGAUUGUCACCAGCAAAGCAACACGUUCGCCACCCGGCUCGCGCUUCAAAGAGGGAAGGCAAAACCUCCAGCAAGGAUGACCGAAGAGAGCGCGGACGUUCCCAAAGAGUUGCUGGAAAGCGUCAAGGAUGUGAUUGGAAGGAAGAUAAAGAUUUCUGUGAAAAAGAAAGUUAAGCUUGAAGUUAAGAGCGACAAAGUAGAUAAUAAAAUAUUGGUGCUAACAUCAUGUCGGGCCUUUCUGUUAACUUCCCGUAUUCCUACCAAGCUAGAAUUAACUUUCAGCUACUUGGAAAUCCAAGGAAUCACUUGCAAUAAACCAGGCCAGCUGAUUAUAGAAACUGAAAAGUGCAACAUUUCUAUGAAAUUAACUUCAUCUGAAGAUGUGCAUGAAGUGUUGGCACAUAUUGGAACAUGCCUUAGGAGAAUAUUCCCUGGUCUAUCUCCAGUGAGAAUAAUGAAGAAAGUAAUUAUGGAGCCCCCAGACAGGCUGGCUAAUCUGCAGACUCUAUGGGACAGUCAAACUGUAGGAGAAUUAGGCCCAUGUGGUGGUUUUUCUCAAAUGUAUGCAUGCGUUUGUGACUGGCUGGGCUCUCCAUAUAGGGAAGAAGUGCAGUGGGAUGUUGAUACCAUUUAUCUGACUCAAGAUACCAGGGAAUUAAAUUUGCAAGAUUUUAGCCAUCUUGACCACAGAGAUUUAAUACCAAUAGUUGCUGCUCUGGAAUACAAUCAGUGGUUUACAAAGCUUUCCUCUAAGGAUCUAAAGUUAUCCACUGAUGUUUGUGAGCAGAUCCUAAGAGUUGUGAGCAGAUCCAAUAGAUUGGAAGAGCUAGUACUAGAGAAUGCUGGUCUUAGGACAGAUUUUGCACAGAAGUUGGCCAAUGCUCUAUCCCAUAAUCCCACCUCAGGACUUCAUACAAUUAAUCUUGCUAACAACCCUCUAGAGGACAGAGGAGUAUCUUCAUUAAGUAUUCAGUUUGCCAAACUACCAAAGGGGCUGAUGCAUUUAAAUUUAUCUAAAACCUCAUUAUCACCUAAAGGGGUGAACAGCCUUUCACAAUCACUGAGUGCCAACCAGCUGUUAGCUACCACUCUCACCCACCUUGAUCUCUCAGGAAAUAUUCUUCGAGGUGACGAUCUUUCAUCCCUGUGUAAUUUUUUGGCUCAGCCAAAUGCCAUAAUUCAUCUGGAUUUAUCAAAUACAGAGUGUGCAUUAGACAUGGUGUUUGGAGCACUUCUUCAUGGCUGCCUUCAGCAUCUUGCCAUCCUAAAUCUAUCAAGGACUGUUUUUUCACACAGAAAGAGCAAAGAAAUUCCCCCAUCCUUCAAGCAAUUUUUCAGCAGUUCACUUGCUUUAAUGCAAAUCAACCUUUCAGGAACUAAACUUGCACCUGAGCCUCUAAAAGCUCUCUUGCUUGGUCUUGCUUGUAAUCAAAAUUUGAAGGAGGUGUUUCUAGAUCUGAGUAACUGUGAGCUAAGAUCAGCUGGUGCACAAGUUUUAGAAGGAUGCAUAGCAGAAAUUCAUAACAUUGCCAGCCUUGAUAUUUCAGACAACGGCUUAGAGUCUGAUCUUUCAACUCUUAUAAUCUGGCUUAGUAAAAAUCGAUCAAUAAGACACUUGGCAUUGGGCAAAAAUUUUAACAACAUGAAAUCCAAAAAUCUGUCUCCUGUUCUUGAUAAUUUAGUACAGAUGAUUCAAGAUGAAGAUUCACCUUUGCAGUCUCUGUCUCUAGCAGAUUCUAAACUGAAAACAGAGAUUACUAUCAUUAUCAAUGCAUUGGGCAGCAAUACAUCCCUUACAAAAAUUGAUAUUAGUGGAAAUGCUAUGGGUGACAUGGGUGCAAAGAUGCUUGCAAAAGCUCUUCAGAUAAACACCAAACUCAGAACUGUUAUAUGGGACAAAAACAACAUCACUGCUCAGGGAUUUCAGGAUAUAGCCGUGGCACUGGAAAAGAAUUAUACCUUAAGAUUCAUGCCUAUACCUGUGAAUGAUGCUUCACAAGCACUUAAAACAAACCCUGAGAAAACAGAAGAAGCACUUCAAAAGAUAGAAAAUUAUUUGCUUCGAAAUCAUGAGACCCGAAAAUAUCUACAAGAGCAAGCAUACAGACUGCAGCAGGGCAUAGUUACUAGCACAACACAACAGAUGAUAGACAGAAUAUGUGUCAAAGUACAAGAUCAUCUCAACUCUUUAAGAAAUUGUGGAAUUGACACAAUACAAGAGGAUCUGAAAUCAGCUGAAAGACUUAUGAAGGAUGCUAAGAAUUCCAAAACAUUAUUACCAAACCUGUAUCAUCUUGGUGGAGCUUCAUGGGCAGGAGCAAAUGGUUCAUUAUCCAAUCCAAUUCAAGAGAUACUAGAAUCUAUGGCUGGGGAAGUUACAAAGGUUGUUGAUGAUCAACUCAAGACAUUGCUUGAGUCAAUGGUAGAUGCAGCUGAAAAUCUGUGUCCAAGUGCAAUGAAGAAAGCACAUAUAAGGCAAGACUUGAUUGAGGCAUGUACUGAAAAAAUUUCUGUUCCUCGGACCUUUGUUAAAAAUGUUCUUUUGGAGCAGUCUGGAGUGGAUAUCCUUAAUAAAAUUAGUGAAGUAAAGCUGACAGUUGCUUCGUUUCUCUCAGAUCGAAUAGUAGAUGAAAUCCUUGAUGCUCUGUCUCAUUGUCACCAUAAACUGGCUGAUCAUUUGACCAAGCGAGGUAAACCCUUGCCUCACCAGGAAUCAUUGGACAUUGAGUUAGCAGAGGAUAAAUCUACUAAACGAUCUAUCAUUACAGUUGAGGAGCUAACUGAACUGGAACGCUUUGAAGACCUAGAUACAUGUAUGAUGACUCCCAAAUCUAAAAGGAAGAGUAUCCACAGUCGAAUGUUAAGGCCUGUAUCCAGGGCUUUUGAGAUGGAGUUUGACCUCGAUAAAGCAUUAGAAGAAGUUCCUAUUCAUAUAGAGGACCCACCAUUCCAUUCUGGGAGGUUUGACAAACGGACUUCUGGGCUCAUUUCAGAACUACCUUCGGAGGAAGGAAAAAAGCUAGAGCAUUUUACUAAACUUAGGCCUAAAAGGAAUAAAAAACAACAGCCUACACAAUCUGCCGUGAGUCCUGCAACCCUUCAAGAGGGAGAACAAAAUGGAAUGAUGGGAAGAGUAGAUGAAGGUGUUGAUGAAUUUUUCACCAAGAAAGUGACAAAAAUGGAUUCCAAGAAGUCCUUUACAAAAGGCUCAGACAGCAGUGAUUCUGGUGAAGUAGCUGAUGAAAAGAAAAAAAGAGAUUCUCGGAAAAGUGGCUUUCUUAAUUUAAUCAAGCCUAGAUCCAAAUCUGAGCGUCCUUCAACUGUGUUAAUGGCUGAAGAAUAUUCGUCUCCCAGAGGUAUUGUCAAAGGCCCAACCGUGGACACUGCAAAAAAGGAUAUGAAGUCAGCCGAACAAAAUGGCACAGCUGAAAAAACUGAGGACUUAAAAACGCCAGAUUCAACAGAAGAGGUUCCUCUGGAGGAUGCUUCAAAGCUUGAAAAGGGUGAUGGCAAAGGCAGUCCUCAAGGGGGACGUAGAUACGGGGUGCAAGUGAUGGGUAGUGGCCUUCUUGCAGAAAUGAAAGCCAAGCAGGAACGGAGAGCAGCAUCAGCACAGAAGAAAUUCGUGAAUGAUGUUAGAGAUUCAGUAGAUCUUUCACUGAAUUCAGAACGACAGGAUGGAGCUGGUGAGUUACUCCAGAAUAUUCUUUCGCUGGUUCGUUUUGUUUCAGUAACGAAACUUCAUCAGUCUUCUCCAGAGAAUCAGUUUGCUCACAAUAGGGAAGAUUCCGUCACCGUCUCGACAGAAAAAAAUUCAAAAGCUGAACCAAAGAUAGAAAUUGGAGCCAGGACAAAAAGUUCUUCUAGCGCCCCUUCCAGUCCAAAACCUCCACUGCAGUCAAUAAAGCCCACCCUAACAGGACGGCCAACAGUUCCUCAGAAGCCACGGUCUGCCUCUCGGACAGAUGAUGCCCCAGAGUCUCAGUCCAGUCCAGGUUCCCCUAAAAUUGCCCUACUUCCCCCUGUUUUGAAGAGAGUCCCUUCUGAUAAAGAAAAAGAUAGUCAAAGCAGCCCUCAGGCAGCUCUCAAAUCUCUAUCACAUGAAGGUCCAAAGAAAAGCCCAGGGCAUCAGACUUCUGAAUCCCAGGAACAGAAGCAAAGACCUUUAAGGAAAAAUGGCCAGCAAGGAAGCAAGUCCAGUGACUCUGGAGAAGAGCCAGAUAAAGACUUUAUUUUUAUUUAAUUGGUUGGUUUUGGGCUUAACAAUGCAGAUUCUUUUGUGAUAAUGGAGUCCAACUAUUACUGACCCCUUUUCCCAUUAGCUUUUCCUUUCGAUUUUUUACAAAGAAUCUUCUCAAAGGUCAAUAUUUGCACUGGUGAUCAGAUUUAAAAAGAAUUUGGUUCUUUUUUCCCCUGACUAUUUCCAGAUCUUCUCUAUCAUGCCUUUGCUAAAGCCAGCAACUAUUCCAUGUCUUCUACUUGAAUUUUCUGAAGCAGCUACAAACACAAUGCCUUGCAUUAGAGCUUUGUGGUUGAAAAAACUCAAAGCAAAUAGAUUGGUCAUUUUCUUAUACUAACCCAUUACUGUGCAGCAGGAAAAGUAUUGGACUGCUGAAUGUAAAUUUGUCAAACUUGCACGCAACUUACUUUAUAAAUAUAUUCUUGCUGAAUGCAAUUGCACAUUGUAAUUAUAUCAACAGAGCACACUAAUAAAAAGAAUUUGUAUAAAUAAUAUAUAUUAGAUGCUUGGAUAUGAUUUUUACAUCCUCCUUGGGAGACUUUAUCCAUAUUUGUUGUAACUUUCUAUUUAAGAACACAAUCAUUUACAUUUUGUGUACUGUUCAAAAGCACAAAAGUAGAAAAACAAUUACUAACACUUUGCUAUGCUUCCAUAUCCAUAAGUAAAUGUAUGUUGAUUGAAAUGAAGGCAAUGGAUAUUUUAUCAAUAUCGGUAUUUUGUAGAGGUCACUUUGGGAUCUGUCUGCAUCCUCUCUACUUUUAUCACGUACUUCAAAACGAAUAGUAGUUCCUUGUCUGUAAAAGCAAUUCUUUACUUUUUUCAAUAUUUUACAUGCAUUUGCUUACAAUAUGGGCAGAAGGAAUUUUAUUCAUAAUGUAUAUUUGUACCAAUAAAAAUGAUUUUAC